CCUUCCACCCCCUCUUCCUCAAGAUACGAUCAGCCUUCAUGACUUGUGUGCCCCGUCGAAUAGAUCUGUUGCCCUUCAGCACAUUUGAACACCCACUCCGCCUCCACUGGAUGCCUAAAACCUAUCUCAGUUCUUGCAAUACAUGAAUAUUUGAGCUACAGUUUACACCAGCUAGCGCGCUCUGAAGAUGUCUGUCUCCAUCCACCCGCCUCUCGAGCUACCUUUCCGGUUUUUCGACCUUCCGGCAGAACUCCGCACCGAAAUCUACGACUACAUCUUACAAGACGAUACGUUUAUUGUCCAUCAUCCCCCUUCGAAUUUCACUAAACGCCACAUGCGUUCGCGGUUGUGUCGCUCCGGUGUUGCUGGCGGUUUCUUCAUACCUCACCGACUCGCCCUGCUGGAUACCAAUCAGCAAGCACGCCUUGAACUCGCACCGCUUGUUUUCUCAAGCAAAGUUCAGAUCACAAUGCCGAACCACACUAGUCUACUCAACCUUACGCGCAAUUUUGGCACUCUCGGCUUAGAGCGUAUCACGUAUCUGGGUAUGAACAUGUCCUUCAACGGAUUGAUUGCUGGGAUACGCAAGAAACCCUCGUUGCGGGAUAUGUUCUUUCAGCUUACUGGCCUCAAGCGCUUGGAGAUUAGUAUAUACGUGAACUUAGGCACAUAUAUCCCAGAUCCUGUCCGUAAGUUUAUAGACUUUGAGUUCGUCAAGGCGCUUGGGCUACGAGAGCUGCAUGCUGCUGGGGUCAAGGUCGUUCUCAAAUGCGUAUUACUUGGCGCUAGGUCGAAGACUAUCGAGUGGGAGAAUGAGUUGGCUAAGUGGGAGCAAGGAGUCGUUGAUGCGAUGAAACAAAUGCCAUGAGACUUGGCCCUGGUGCUCUCAGUGUACAAACAAGACAUCGCGGACGUGGUGGCCCACGCCGGAAUGCGGGGAUAGGUUAAAAGGAUGGCUCACAUGCUUCUCUUGCAAAAUCAAAGGUGUAUCCACAGUUCAGUGGGUUGCAUCGAUGCCUGCGCCUACGUGUGUUACUUCUGGAGUGGACGGUGAGCAAACCGUACAUCAAGGAGAUAGAGUUGGCUACCAGACCGACUUCCACGAUCACAUCAGGAGCCACAGCCCGGGGCCGGAUUGGGGCAUUGUCAAUGUGACAUCGUUGGGGAAGGAUUUCAAGCCAAAAUCAAGCGGUACUGGUAGGGGCUAGACCUC